AUGUGGUGGGGAAAGUCAAAAGAUCCCAAGUCGGAAGAGAAGAGCAAUGGAGCUCAGAUCAAAGAUGCUGUAGCCGAGAAGCUCCCCUCAAAAGAGCAAAUCUCCAACAAAGUACAAGACUCUGUCAACCAGACCGGCAAGAACGGAAAUGUCUUGAACGACAUGGCUGAGGGCUACGGCCCUGAUUCCACCGAUUCCAAUAUUCGAUAUGCAGCCUACGCCACUCGGAUCCGAACGAUUCUUCUCUCGGCGCAUCGAUAUGUCGCUUACACCUCAGAUAUAGGCGAGUCGUUUAGGCCAGUGGCUCACCCGAACCUCGUCCGUGGUGCCUACGGUGUAUCUUGGCUGUACCUUAUCGGUGAUGUCUCGUACGAAGGCUACAAGUCAUACUGGCACAACCAGCGGGUGUUAAAUCCCAAGUUGCAACUCAGCCCCCGUCAAGAAAAGGUCACGGGUCUGCCUGCUCUUGAAACACGCGCGAUCGAACCCGGGACAGUAGCACCACUCGACGACUACCGCACCGUCAUGGUGCAGCGCGCAAUCUUUCAGAGUGUCGCAAGUAUGGGUCUGCCUGCUUUUACAAUUCACAGUGUUGUGAGGUAUUCCGGCCGAGCCAUGAAAGAUAUGAAGAACAAGGUUAUUCGAACUUGGGGGCCUAUUGGCUUGGGUCUUGCCGUGGUCCCCUUUCUCCCAGCCAUGUUUGAUGAGCCAGUCGAGAAUGCGGUUGAGUGGGCAUUCCACAAGGGAUUUGAGACUUUUGGAGGGAAAGGCGCUGUUGGAAAUGCGCCUGUGACGGGCCGUGAAGACUUGUUGGCAAAGAAGCCAGCCAAGGAAAAGGAACAGUAA